CGAGAACUCUCUCGCUUCCUGUCUUUCCUGUCAGCAGCCGGCUUCUGCAGGAGUUCCUUUGUCUACCAGUCUCGAGCCAGUAUCCCUCGAGCUCCAAAACUGAUACUGUACCAACCACAAUCCACAAUCCCCAAUCCUCCUCCCCCCUAUUAUUCCCCCCGCCACCACACACCACACGCUCUUUCAAGUUUGCACCACAACCCAUUGUUCUAUAUUCGGCAUCCAACAUCACCACGCAACGCACCGCAUCGCAACGGUCGACCCGUUCCCGGCCCGUGCCCUCCCCAUAUCCCUACAACAGCAACCCAUAAACUAGGUGCUCUCCGUACCCACGCCUAUCCCUCCCAAAUCACACUGAGUCCGACAGUCGUACAUACAAGUACCCCACCCCGCUUCACCCCUAAAACGACGCAGCAUUAAUCGCCGUCCUUCCCUCUGCGGACUAGCUAAGGACAAGCCCUCGAGAAGCUUCAAGCAUCGUUUGCGAAACGCCAGUUCGCAUUCACGGGCCACGUACUGCUCCGAGUUCGAGGUCUUCCUUUUUGGACGUUGGAAGCAGCAGAGGGCCAGAUUUGACGAAGUGGCAGAUCUGGAGCUUCGUUUCAGAUUUUCCCGAGACCCUCCAGUCUUUUGUGCUCUCACCACCUCAUCAUUACCAUCUCAGCUUUUUACAGCUUCCACGCGAUCAUGCUCAACAUGUCCGCUAUUGGUAACCGAAACAGCACUCCAGUAGAGUCGAGCAAUACCUCAUCCCUCCGACCCCCAUCUUCGCGUCCGCUGAACUCACACCAGCUACGAGCAUCAGCAGAUAUGGCAGCCUUUCAAGCUUCGCCCCAAUCGAGUCGUAUUCGUCCUUCCUCGGACUUUUAUGGCACACAGCAAGCUCAGCAGCAGGCCCAAGGUGGUGGGGAAAGCGACACGAACGAUACUUUGGCACAGCAAUGGAUAGCCAGUAUUGAUCAGUAUGAGACGACUUUGGAGGAGAUGGCUGCUGCGACUUUGGAUCAGGACUUCAAGGAUGAGCUUUCUGCCAUCGAGCAAUGGUUCCGUGUUCUUAGCGAAGCAGAGCGUACCGCUGCUUUGUAUGCUCUCCUUCAGCAGACCACACAAGUUCAGCAAAGAUUUUUCAUCCAAGUGCUACAACAGAUGGGAAAGAACCAUCCUAUGUCCGGUGUGCUCUCCCCUGCCAAUUUUGAUAAAGGUAUGGAACAAAGAUCUCCUCCAGGUGAUUUACUCAGCUAACCCUAUACCCCCUUACAGAUCCCAUGUCAAACCGUCUGAGUGAUGCUAUGGGCAAAUUAAAUGUAGAUGGCAACAGAAACUCAUUAACGCGGCCGCCCACGACUCCGGGUUUAAAGAGACAUUCUGGACUCGACCCGUCUACGAUCAAUGCAAUGUUCCCCGAUGCGGCCGCUGCCAUUGCAACAGAGAAAGCAAAGUUUACGCAACAAACGGGAAACCCGCCGUCAUCCAACCGGAACAGCGCAGCGUUCGAUAACCGCAAUUCCCUUGCAGCGCCCACCAUAUCCGGCCCGGCCGAUUCGGCAGACAAUAACCAACAGCCGCCGCCAUCCCCAUGGGGCUCUCGCAACGAAAAUGCACGACCAAAGUCAUCCUCCGGUCAAGCUCCGAUGGGACAAUUUAUCCAACCACCUCCUUCUGCUGGUCUCCGUUCGCCCAACCCAAUUCCCGGCAACCAGAACUUACAAAGUACUACGAUCAACGCACCGGACAAUCAGGGCCCUGGUCUCCCUCCCCUAUCACCAUAUGCCCCGAACAAUGGCAAUUGGGCUUCCAUGGUCAACACUCCGAUGGUUCCGAAUUUCAGUAACAGCACGACUCAAGCAGAUAUGGUUGCUAAUGCUACUGCUAUGAAGCUUGCUGCUCUUUCCACCGUCAAUAACCGUUUCGCUCUUGAUGAUGUUCGCAAAUACCGUCGCGCCCGUUCAAAUGAUGGCAAUGGUCCUCUUUCACCGGGUCUUCAAAGCAACAUGCCAGGCGCAAAUGUGGUCAUGAUCAAUGAGCAUGGGCAAGUUUUGAGUAGAGAUCAAGUUUUGGCUUUACAAGCACACCAACAGAACGUUGGUCUUGCUGGAAGGCGGUCACGCCCAGCAUCUCCAGGUCUGCCCGUGCCAGGAAGCGGCUUUGGUCAAUUGGGAUUUGCGUCACCACAAAAUAAUGGCUUCCUUGCCGCAUACGAUGGCGCAUCUCCAUUGCUGAAUAAUACUGGAAUGGGAUCUCUUAAUAUUGCACACCUCGGUGGCCUAAACGGACACGAGGGUUAUACAUCCGACCACGGUGAUAUGUCUCGGGGCAGAUCACCACGUGGUAGAAGAGGAAGCUCCAAGCCUCCGGAAGACCCAACAGACCCAAGCCUUCUUCAGGAUAUUCCCAGUUGGUUAAGAAGCUUGAGACUUCACAAAUAUACGGAAAAUCUCAAAGAUAUGAACUGGACCGAGUUGGUGGAACUCGAUGACAAACAAUUAGAGGAGCGAGGUGUGAAUGCACUUGGUGCGAGACGAAAAAUGUUGAAGGUUUUUGAUCAAGUGAAGGGUAAGUCGUUCUCAAAAGCGGUGGUUUCCCAGUACUAACGUCUUCUUAGCAGCCAAGGCAGAAGGGAAGCUUUCCUAGUCAUAGCGUUAGCAUCAAGCAUUUUUGGUUCUAAAUGGGGAGAAGUGGUGAAGUCGCCAACGUUGUUACGAGUAUCUACUGCUGCUCUGGAAGCAGGUUGUUCAUCAUGAAUUGUCAGGACUAUUGAAAAAAGCUCUCUGGUUGGGUAUUAAAUGAAUUUGGAGCCUUGAAAGGUUGCUGGCUGGCUGCGUGCAGGGCGGGCAUUGAUAUGGCCAUCAUAAGGGGCUUCAGGGGUUAUGGGGCCUAAACAGAUAACUUUUUUGUUGUAAGAAACCUUUUUUGGACAUUCAGGCGGGUGGUUGUUUUUAAAAGAGAUGCAGACUUGUAAAAUAAUUUCCAUUUUAAGUAACACCAUUUUUGAGUAGAUUGUGGGUAUGUGAGAUGAC